AUGACACUCGCUGAUGAAGUCUAUGCCCACAUUGACCUCCAAAAUUAUAAACAUUGCAGAAUUCACAUGGAACAAAAUUGUAGUAAGAAUGAUCUUAAAGUCCUUCAAGAACAGAUUUUGAAUGGAUUGUUCCACCAGAAUGUGAAAUUGACAGACUGUCACCAAGGUCAGGGAAUGAUCUGGUCUUUCUUCAAAAAGAAUCUUGAUCAGCCUCUGUUUCUAUACAUUGACAAUGCUCUGAAUAGAGCAGAUCUGAAACAACUUCUACCUGCAGAGUUGGGCAGCUGCCUUCCACCCAAGAGCAGAAUACUUCUGACUACCCGAAAUCUCUGGGAGACAGAUAUAUUUGUUGCUUGGAAUAUCCAACGCCGACAAUACCUUGUGAGUCCUCUUCCAUCAACAGAGGCAAGAAAGCUUUUGUUGAAGAAUGUUCCAGAGUACAAUGAUGAAAGGAACAUAGAUGCUCUGCUCAAGCUUUGUGGUGGCAUUCCGCUUCUGCUGGAAAUAAUUGGCUCGCAACUGGCCAUCAGUAGCAGAAACAUAAAUAAUAAUAUAGCAUUAGAGUUGCUUAGAGAAGGGAAGGUGGUGGAAGAGGAAGAUAUAAGUGACAGAAUGGUUGAUUUUGUAUACCAUAGAUUGUUACCUCCUGUUAAAGAAGCUUUUCUGGAUAUCACGUCCUUGUUUUGUUAUUGGCCAAGUGAAUAA